UGGAUGUCUCUGUGCUUGCAAGAUGUAGCGGUGUGUGAUUGGUCGGCGCGUUGAUUGGUGGCUGCCUGUGUGUUGUGUCCGCGUUUCCCGCCAGGAGAAGUGCUGCUGCUGCGUGACCGGCUCCGGUGUGUGUGCGCUGCGAGGGCAGAGGACGCUCACACCAUGGCAGAUCUGCAGGAUGUACCGCGGGUGCGAAUCAACACCAGCAUGCUGGCCCAGCACAUGGGGCAGCCCGUCUGCUUCGUGGGGCGGGUGGAGAAGGUUCAUCCAACAGGGAAAUCGUUUGUCCUCUCUGACGGGGCAGGGAAGAAUGCAACUGUUGAAUUAGCAGAACCGCUGGAGGAAGAGCUAUCCGGUGUCGUUGAAGUUAUUGGCAAGGUCACACCGAGAGCUACGAUAAUGGGGGUGUCGUAUGUGCCCUUCCGAGAAGACCCCAUAUCUUUCGAUCUUGGCCUUUAUGAUGAGGCUUUAAAGAUAAUUCAUGAAUUUCCUCAGUAUUAUCCAUUUGGACAAAAAGGAUUGGAAUAACACAAGAACUGCUGGAUUUUGUUUGCUGCAAUCUUCAAAAAGAUCUACAAUUUUGCGACCCCUGGUCCUAGCAGCUUUGGACUGUCAGGUCUGCUUUCCCUGGUAAUACAUUUGGAGAACGCAUGACCUGCCCAUAGACAGAAACAGAAGAUGAUUUCCAUUACUGUUCUUGUCAGAGUCUCUGAUGUGGAAACGGAUUACUCAGUAACUCUGGCUCACCUGCUAUAACUGUUGCCUGACUGUAUAACGCCUUGGCCCCUCCUUUCACCACAGCCAGAUAGCAAUAAAAUGAAUAGUAAACCAG